AUGAAUUCAGGUACCGGUACCUACAAUGCAGGAAUAUCCAAGGCAUUCGACCAGAGCGGGGUCUCACGCCGACUCUUGCAAGUCAACUACUGGCGGCUGAAUUGGACGGAAUGGGCCUGGCUGCUGGGUACUCUCGGAAAUCGAGACCUGAAAAGGGAAACUUGA